UUCUGCCAUGGACACUCGGUUCAGCUGCUUAGCAUACUGGACUAAUCAGGUCAAGGACAUGGGUGGAUUUCACUCUGGUUAACUCAUAUGACUUCUUCAUUACAAAGCCACAAAUUUUCCCCUGACUCUGGAUAAUGUACUACAAAUGUGAGCUGUUAGUCAUAAGCCUCCGGGACUUGAGAGGCUCCGCCGACCUGCUGACCGAAAACCGACAUGGCGGCCACUCUGGGCAGCGGGGAGCGCUGGACCCAAGGGGGAAUUUGACAGACGCGGGUCCCCGAGCUCACAGAACUGUCAAUCCACUGAGAGAGUUUGACCGGUUAACAGCCUUUUACAAAACACAGCCACUUACUUUGAUGCCAUUAGAAGAAACAAAUACUCAGAAGACAGACGACCUGGCAGCCAUGAUCCCUGUGCAUGCUGUAACUGCAUGAAGGCACAAAAGGAAAAAAAGUCUGAGAAUGAGUGGAGUCAGACCCGGCAGGGAGAGGGGAGCUCCACUUAUACAGAGGAACAGCUACUUGGGGUACAAAGAAUCAAGAAGUGCAGAAAUUACUAUGAAAUCCUGGGUGUUUCUCGCAAUGCCAGUGAUGAAGAACUUAAGAAAGCUUACAGGAAGCUUGCCCUGAAGUUUCACCCUGACAAGAACUGCGCUCCUGGAGCAACAGAUGCCUUCAAAGCAAUAGGAAAUGCCUUUGCGGUCCUGAGCAAUCCUGACAAGAGACUCCGCUAUGAUGAGUAUGGAGAUGAGCAGGUGACUUUCACUGCACCUCGAGCCAGAUCUUACCAUUACUACAGGGAUUUUGAAGCUGACAUCUCUCCAGAAGAACUAUUCAAUGUCUUCUUUGGAGGACAUUUUCCUUCAGGAAAUAUUCACAUGUUCUCAAAUGUGACAGAUGACAGUCACUAUUUUCGCAGGCGACACCGCCAUGAGAGGACACAGACACACAAGAGAGAAGAAGAAGAUAAAACUCAGACUCCAUAUUCCGCAUUCGUUCAGCUGCUUCCAGUUCUGGUGAUUGUGCUUAUUUCUGUCAUUACUCAGCUGCUGGCUGCUAACCCCCCCUAUAGUCUAUUCUAUAAAUCAACCUUGGGCUAUACCAUUUCUAGAGAAACACAGAACCUGCAGGUGCCUUACUUCGUGGAUAAGAACUUCGACAAGGCCUACAGAGGAGCUUCUCUUCGUGACCUGGAGAAAACAAUAGAGAAAGAUUAUAUUGAUUACAUCCAGACAAGCUGUUGGAAGGAGAAACAGCAAAAGUCGGAGCUGACCAAUUUGGCGGGGCUCUAUAGAGAUGAGCGACUGCGUCAGAAAGCAGAGUCAAUGAAACUUGAAAACUGUGACAAACUUUCCAAGCUGAUUGGCCUCCGGAGGGCUGGCUGAGAGGACGACGGCCCGGCUCAGGAUGGGGGUUUCUUACUUGUUACUAUUUACAUUGCAAAUUCCAUUUUAUAAUACAAGUUAGGAAAUGAUGAA